AUGGGGAUGCUUCAGGAUAAUAAGAGUCGCAAGAAAAUCUCCAACGACCCGAACAACACAAAAUGGACCCGCGACACCACCACCUUUGGCCAAAAGAUCCUGCGCGCGCAGGGCUGGCAGCCGGGCCAGUUCCUCGGCGCGCAGGAUGCCCCGCACGCGGCCCUGCACUCCGCGGCGAGCGCCUCGUACAUCCGCGUGGUGCUCAAGGACGACAUGAAGGGCCUGGGCUUCGACCGGGCCAAGGAGGACGAGGUGACGGGCCUGGACGUCUUCUCGGAUGUGCUGAGCCGCCUCAACGGCAAGUCCGAGUCGGCGGUGCAGGAGGACCGGGACGCGCGCCUGGCCAUCAAGACGCACCGCUACGUGGAGAUGCGCUGGGGCCCGAUGCGCUUCGUGCGCGGCGGCCUGCUGGUCGGCGACAAGCUGGAGGAGGUGGCGGUGGCGGCGGAAGCCGAGGGUGGUGGGGACAGCAGCAGCGGCGGCGGUGCUGAGGUGACGAGGUCGAAAAAGGACAAGAAGAGCAAGAAGCGCAAGGCCGAGGAGCAGGAGCAGGAGGAGCGUGAGGACAGCGAGGCGGCGAACAAGAAGGAUAAGAAGCGACGCCGCAAGGAUGAAGAUGAGGACGCCAAGGAGGACAAGAAGAAGAAGCGCAGAAAGGAGGACAAGGACAAGAGGAAGAAGAAGUCGAAAAAGUCAUCGAGAUCAAAGGACGGAUCCGACGACUCGGACGACGACGACGACAAGGAUAGCGACGAGAGAGCGGCCAAGAAGAAGGCCAAGAAGGAAAGGAAGAGGGAGAGGCGUGAGAAGAAGGAGGAAAAGAAGCGUCGCAAGGCCGUCCAGGCCGCUGACAGCGCCAGCAGCAGCGACGACUCCGACUCGGACGCGGACGCCAGCGGUAGCAGCCGCAGCGCAACGGUCACGCCGGCCGCAACGUCGGGGACCUCGACGCCCCUGGGCAACCGCAACUUUGUGCGGUCGCGGUACAUUGCACAGAAGCGGCAGGCGGUGAUGGACGCCACGGCGCUGAAACAAAUCUUCAUGGUCAAGGCGUGA